AUGUUUGAUGAAAUAAUAAGUUUAAUUUUUUAUUUUUUUAUUCUUCUAUUCCAAAUUCAUUUUACAUAUUCAUCUUCUUCUUCAAUUAUUCUUUAUCCUUCAUUUGAACGUAUUGUUAAUCAAUUAUCAUUUAAUUCAACUUUACCAUCAUGUACAUUUAUAAUAUGUAAAAAAACUGAAACACAAGCUAAUUUUUCAACAAUAAGUAUAACUAAUGAAUAUUUAUUUAAAUUAGCAUCAUAUAAUAAAAUUUCACAACAAAAAAAAAUUUCAUUACAACGACCAUAUCUUAUUGCUUCAACAGGUAUUUAUCAUGGUAAACGAAUAAAAUAUCGUAAUAAUCGUUAUAUUGAUCAAUUUCUUGGUAUUUAUUAUGCUGAAAUUCCACAAUCACUUGAAAAACCAAUAAAAAAACGUUUUAAUUAUUCAAUACAAAGUGCAACAAAAUAUAGUCCAUAUUGUAUGCAAUCAUUAUUAAUGACUGAAAAUCUUUCAUAUGGUUCAUUUGUAAUGCAAAAUAAUUUUAAUGAUGAUUGUCUUUCAUUAAAUAUCUAUAGAGCUGAUUUACGUUAUGGUGAAAAACGAAAAGCUAUUAUGUUAUUUUCACAUGGUGGUUCAAAUCAAAUUGGUGGUGGUUCAUUAUUUGAUGGAAGUAUUCUAGCAAGUGAAGGUGAUAUUAUUGUUGUAACAAUGAAUUUUCGUUUAAAUUAUCAUGGAUUUUUAUCUAGUGGAGAUGAUCGAAUCAAAGGUAAUUUUGGUCUUUGGGAUCAAUUAUUAGCUGUUGAAUGGAUCUAUGAAAAUGCUCAUUUAUUUGGUGGUGAUCCUAAACGAAUUGUUUUAGCAGGUCAUUCAGCUGGUGCUGGAAAUGUUAUGUUAAUUCCAGCUAGUCAAUAUUGUCGUGGUAUGAUUAAACGUAUUAUAUCACAAUCAGGUACAGGUUUAGCACCAUGGAGUAUAAAUCAUCAACCAAAAAAAUUAAUUGAACGUUUAUCACAUGAAUUUAAUUGUGCACAAUUAAAUGAAACAGAAAUGUUUCAAUGUAUUCAUAAAUUAUUACAAGAUAAUAAAGGAGAUUUUUAUCGUCUUCAUUUAAGUCUUAGUAUUGCUGAUGAUAAUCCAUAUCCUGUUAUUGAUAAUGAUUUUUUAAAUGAUACUAUUGAAAAUAUUAUACAAAGUGAUAUAUAUAAAAAUAUUGAUCUUUUAACAGGUGUUACAUUAAAUGAAGGUCUUUAUUUUGCUGAAUAUCAUAUUGGACAUUUUUAUAGUGAUUUAACUAAUCAAUCAACAUCAAUUGGUAAACAAUUAAAAACAAGACAAAAACGUUUUAUUAAUAUUAAUUCAACAGCUAUUAUACCACCAGAUAUAAUUAAAACACAAGAUAAUAUUAAUGAUGAUAUUUAUGAUUAUGAUGAAGAUGAUAUAGAAGAUAUUAAAUUACAUAGAAAAACACAUGUUGAACAAGUAUUAAGUUAUGAUCCAUAUAUUGUUCUUGAACAAUUUUCAAAAUUAGAUUAUGUUGAACGUUAUAUAAAUGCAAAUUUUCAAUUUUCAAAAUGUUAUAUUAAUGAAAUAAGAAAACGAUAUGAAUAUCCAGGAAAAAAUAAUAUAACAAUGAGAUUAAAACUUUAUAUUGAUCUUGUUUCUGAUUUAAUGUUUAAUUUUCAUAUGGUUCAUUGUUUAAAUUUACGUACACAAAUUUCAAAUCAAACAUCAUCAAAUUAUGCAUAUAUUUAUUCUCAUCGACCAACAUUUAAAGCACGAAGUUUAUUUCGAGAUCAUUUAAAAACAUUACCACAUGUUAUUGGACAUUUUGCUGAAUUAGAUUAUGUAUUUGGUGUUCCAUUGGCACGUGGUUAUCGUCAAAUACAUAGAAAUGUUAAUAUAAGUUAUUAUAAUUAUUCUGAUGAUGAAGAAAAUUUUAGUCGACAAUUAAUUCGUUAUUGGACAAAUUUUAUUAAAACUGGAAAUCCAAAUAUAGAUUCAUUAUUAAUAAAAAAUUCUACUAUUGAAUGGAAACCUUAUACAUCAAAUGAACAUAAUUAUAUAUUUUUUCAAUUAAAUAAUAUUCAUAAUGAACUUAAUUAUUUUGAUUCCAUGUAUAAUUUUUGGAUUAAAUUUUUUCAAACAGAAUUAAAUGGUGGUUGUCAUAAAGAAUUAAUAAUAAUGAAAAUAAAAAAACAUAUUGGAUUAUUUUUAAUUAUUCUAUUUGUUUUAUUAAUAUUUAUAAUUAUAUAUUUUAUUUGUAAACGUUAUCGAAAAAAUAAAAAAAAUAAUAUUGAACAUUAA